AUGGGUACAAGUUGUUCCACUGAAAAAUUUAAGAUUUCUCCAACUGCUUCUACUUGUGAACUCUUAAGUUGUGAUCAUCCUCUAAUUUUAGUGGCUCAUCAAUUCAAUUAAAAUGUUGAUUUAAUAGGAGAAUUAGAAACUGCACCAAUUAUUGUAGAAUAAUAUUGCAAAAAACUUAAAGAUUUAAGUUAGGUACUCAAACCUGCAUUAGAAAGAUUGGAGGAUGAAGAACAGAAUUUUCUUAAGAUUUGGAAUUUGAUUGUUUCAAUAUUAAAGAAUGUUUCUUCUCUUAUUAAAGUUUCAUUAUAGGACCCUUUAUUUAUUGAAUAUCUUCCGAUUAUCUCCUAUAACCUUUAAGAGUAGUAAAAAGAUUUAGAGAUGCUGAUUAACUAGAAGAAAGGACAUUAGUAGAUCAAAAGAGCUUAAUCAAAUAUUAUAUAGAGCAAUAUUAUUAGAAUAAACAAAAGACAUUAAACCGAUAAGAUUUGAAUAUUUA